AUGCUCUGGAACUGGCAAACGAUAGACUCGUGCUUCCUCUCUGAAUCCUGGCACGUCAAAUCACGCGGCGCAUUCGCAGCCAGCUGUCUCGGUGUCGUAGCUCUGGCCGCGUGUGUAGAGGUAGUCAAGCACUGGAGUGCGCAGUACGAUGCGCAGGUGUGCGUGUCUCUGCGGGCGGCCGAUGCUCGACGAGCAGCACUAGAGGACGACGGGGACGUCGGUCUCACGACGGCGCAGCGACAAAGACGACACCGGCGAACGCUCCGCGCCACGCCGUUCCAGCAACUCGUCCGCACUGCGCUCAGCGUACUCCUGCAAGGCGGGUUCUACAUUCUCAUGCUCAUCGCGAUGGCGUUCAACGGGUACAUCAUCGUGUGUAUCCUCCUUGGCACGGCGCUGGGCAAGUUCCUUGGCGACUGGUUGCAGAUCGACCCGGACGAGGACGAGUAUGGCGUCAAGCAUGAGCAUUAG